GAUCCGGACAGUGAUUGUAGUUUGUAACAGUGAUGCAACACUAUAGUUUCGACCCCCGGAAUAGUGUAAGGUAAAAUUGUCGUUCUCAGGGAAACAGAAGAAUGAGGGUAUGAAAUACAAUUAUUUGACUUAGAAACAAAUGAUUUAAUGCUCACUGAGUCAUGAUUUUGUUUGGUAGCAAUCCAGCCAUCGGGGAACAUAUUUCGUGCGAAACAAAGCAAUAAGUAUAUUGGGAUCACCGAUUGUUUUAUCGUGUAGGUGGCAUUCGCUCUUCUACUAGCCCUGCGAAUUAUGUUAUUUCAUUUGAAGUAUUAAUCAGCGUACAACGAGAGAUAUCUAGUUGUAACUUAUGAUAUCGAGGAAUUACAAACAGCAUCCGAACACCUUCAUGGAUCAACCCAAAGACUGAAGUGAGGAACGUGAAAUGGUCAUUGCUGAAUUAUUUCUGUCCAGACCUGACCAGUCAACCUGAGAUUUUGGAAGGAAAAAGUCUGACCUCCACAGCAUCUCUCCUCCAUGGUAAGAUGCUGGCUUCUUCAGUUGGACUAAAAACUGCAUUUGAGGCCUCAUGUUUGGUAAAAGAAGAGCUCCAGUAACAAUGCCUAAAGCCAAGCCUGCACCCCCUGGUGAAGAAUGGUUUACUCCACUGUCAUUCCCCCUGUGGAGACAAGGGAGACCAGUAACGCCUGCCUUUACUGUCCUGUCAUGGCGGGGAUGUUGAACCACUCCGAUCACCUCCAGGACCAGCGUGGCAUGCAAGGCAUGUCCACGGAAAACAGCUCUUACGGCUUCUCCUGGUCACCUCCAGACCUGUAUCCAGUCACGCCAACAGCCAAGGCCCAGGAGAGCGUUCUGGGUGUCAACCUGCCCCUUCAGGUGUUCUUCUGCACGGCCAUGGUCUCCAUCCUGCUGGUGUCCUUCCUGGGAAAUGUGGUGGUGGUUCUCAUGGUCUACCAGCGUGCUGCCAUGCGAUCCGCCAUCAACAUCCUGCUGGCCAGUCUUGCCUUCGCAGACAUGAUGCUAGCCGUCCUGAACAUGCCCUACUCCCUGGUUACCGUGGUGACCACGCGCUGGAUCUUCGGGGAUGUCUUCUGUCGGGUUUCGGCCAUGUUCUUCUGGCUUUUUGUCAUGGAGGGCAUGGCUAUCCUAUUGAUAAUAAGCAUAGAUCGCUUCCUGAUCAUAGUCCAGAAACAGGACAGGUUGAGUCCACACCGAGCCAAAGUGCUCAUAGUUGUAACCUGGACGUUCUCUUUCUGUUUCUCUUUUCCACUAGCUGUGGGUUACCCGUCCCUUCACAUUCCCUCCAGAGCUCCACAGUGUGUGUUUGGUCACACCAGCGAGCCGGGUUACCAGGCGUACGUGUUGCUUCUCAUGCUAGUCUUUUUCUUCAUCCCCUUCAUGGUGAUGCUCUACACCUUCAUGGGGAUCCUGAACACCAUACGGCACAAUGCCAUGCGCAUCCACAGCCACCCGGACAGCAUCUGCCUGAGUCAGGCCAGCAAGCUGGGCCUCAUGAGCCUUCAGAGACCGUUCCAGAUGAACAUAGACAUGAGCUUUAAGACGCGUGCCUUCACCACCAUCCUCAUCCUGUUUUCUGUGUUCACCGUGUGCUGGGCUCCCUUCACCACCUACAGCCUGGUGUCCACAUUCAGCAGCCACUUUUACCACAAGGCCAACUUCUUUGAAGUCAGCACCUGGCUCCUUUGGCUGUGCUACCUCAAGUCUGCCCUCAACCCCCUUAUCUACUACUGGCGGAUCAAGAAAUUCCGGGACGCCUGCCUUGACCUGAUGCCCAAGUACUUCAAGUUUCUCCCGCAGCUGCCAGGACACACGAAGCGACGUAUCCGACCCAGCGCCGUGUACGUGUGCGGGGAGCACCGCGCCGUGGUCUGACACCGGAGCACAUCGGCACAGACUCCACUGCCAUGUACUGUAGGAUUUGUUUGACCAUUUAUAUGAUUUGCUCCCUUCAGUCCAAGUAUUGGCGAGUUGGUGACGCCCGUUUUCACGAGGAAAGUAGAUUUUAGCUGUAGAAUUUGUUUACAAAGCGUGUACAUUAACUGCUUCUGUGGUUUUGAAUUGUGGUCACAAGGCAUCCAGGAUUUACUUUGUGUCAUUGAUAUUCCUAUUUUGUUCUUUUGUGCCUCCCUAAGCAGUCUAUGCCAGUCAGAAUGCUGCUAUAUCUGGUGAAAAUGUGCAAUUUCAGUGUACUGUACUUGAAUGUAAUAAAACAAUUUGACAUUUGA